AGCAACACCUGCAGGGCUGCCUGAUUUUCACCUGUGUUUUAGGUUCUGCAUAGUGUGGGGAGAGGAGGGGAGGGAGAUGCAGACCCAUUCUCCUGUUCUUGUCUGCUGAACUCCAAGAUAUACUGAUGCCUGCUUUAUUUUUUCUCUGGCAGAUGCCUGAACCUGGAGGCAUCCACUGACAGGAUGUUUGCCAUCCAUCCUCCCAAUGCUUCGCAGGCACCUCCGACCACCCACUCGGUGAACAACUCCUUGAGCUACACAGGUCUGGCAAAGACCCCAAGUGCUUCUUCACCUGCUGCCCCCAUUUUUUCUAUGACUCUGGGAGCCGUCUCCAACAUUGUGGCCCUAGUUAUCCUGAUACAAUCCUAUUCCCGUUUUCGCCGCCGCUCCAAAGCCACCUUCCUGCUUUUUGCCAGCAGUCUGGUGAUCACUGACCUAGCGGGCCAUGUCAUCCCAGGUUCCUUUGUGUUGCGCCUCUAUGCCACGCGGCGUGGUUGGGCAGCCAUGGACCCUUCUGGAUCCCUCUGUCAGUUCUUUGGGGCCUCUAUGGUAUUCUUUGGACUCUGCCCUCUUUUCCUGGGUUUUAUCAUGGCGGUGGAACGCUGCGUGGGCAUCACUCGUCCAUUGUUGCAUGCUGGUUUGAUCACCCCGAGCCGGACAAAACUUUCCUUGCUGGGACUGUGGGCUGCUGCUCUAGCUAUUGCUCUGAUGCCCCUCUGCAGCUUUGGGAGCUACGUCGUCCAGGCCCAAGGCACAUGGUGCUUCAUCAAGGUGCAGAAGGUGGAAGCGUGGCCUGAGGUGGCCUUUGCCUUGCUCUUCUCCUUGCUGGGCUUGGCCUCAUUGCUUGCCUCCCUCCUCUGCAACACAUUCAGCGGACUCAUCCUGGUGCGGGCUCGCCUCCGUGGGCAACGCAAAUGUGGACAGCGCCGAGCCAAGGCUCACGACAUUGAAAUGGUGGUGCAGCUGGUGGGCAUCAUGGUGGUUUCCUGCAUCUGCUGGAGCCCUUUGCUGGUCUUUGUCAUUUUGUCAGUGAGCAACUCCCAUGGAGACCUGAAUUAUGAUAAGCUGCUGUUUCUCGGGGUGCGCCUGGCCUCCUGGAACCAGAUUCUGGACCCCUGGGUGUAUAUCCUGCUGCGGCGUGCUGUGCUGCGCAAGCUACUUGCUCUAUUUCUGCGUCGCCCUGCUGCCAAAGGACUCCGCUUUGACCGCUGGGAGGCCAGCUCCUUCCAAAGCUCAGAGCGCAGUGUUGCUGCUGGCCGCAUCUAGUGCCAGCUGGACUGCUAAAGACCAUAUGAGGAGAACUUGGCCUUGCUGGGGCCUCUCUGGUGUUCUUGCAGAACAGUCUCCCUGAGAUUCAGAAUCAAGGGCUCUUGCCUGGUGGUGCUAUAGCAGGUGACACAAUAGCUGUUAUGGAAAUCUGUUUACACAAGAAGAGUGAUCAUGGGGCCCAGGACUGUGGGAACAGAGCAUGCUAUCUGCUGAAUUGGGACUUUCCUGUGAAUGAGAGGCACUGAACAUAUUGAGGUGACUUGCUAAGGAAUGCUACAAUCCUUUUGUGGGGAGAGGUCAUUACUGGGUGAUGGUAGAGCAUAUGUUUUGAUAUCAAAAUGUCCCAGGUUCAAUUCCUCACACCCCCAGUUAAGCAGAGGUAGGAAGGAGCUCCAUUUCAAGUCCUGGAAAGCCAUCAGUACUCAAGAGGAGCUCAUUCUUGCCUGGAUAAACCAAUGGUAAUGACUCAGUGCAAAGCAAUUUUACAUUUUCUAGCAAUGAUGGGGAGAAGCACCAUGAUUCAGUACAUAUUAACUGCAUGAAAUGCUUCUUGAUACAAGUUAUGCACUCUUGCAGGAGAUCUUGAUGAUUAUUAGUGCCAUGGUCUAAAGUAGCAGGAUGUUGGUCUAGAGCAGGAUGCCAUCUCUGAUUCCCCUGUAGCGUUCAAUUGCAACCUCUCCAGGGAGCAAGGGUCCUUUGUGGUUUGGUUCCAAGGCAAGAAGACAGCUGUGAUGAUCCAAAAGGUGACCCCAAGAGAGCAUCUUCCUUAUAUUACUUGGUUCAGGCAUUUUAUCUUCCAGUUGCAGGUGAUGGGAUAUUUUGAGCAUUUUGUUGCAUCUGUUCCCAUGCUAUGAUGGAUCACACAGGGCUUAUCAAGUCCUUUCCACAUUUCUGUGGAGAGGCUGCUCGGUUUCUAUGCUCUGCAUAGAAAGCCUGGCAUACCACUUUGCAGCCUCUCUUCUGCAGCAGAAGCAAGUUGAUCCAAUAUGUGUCCUUUUAGUGCCCUCUUUCACAUCUGUGAUAGGUGCUAUGUAAGAUAUGUUGGUGAGAACAACACUUAGGGCACAUGGGUGAUGGUUUAGGGUGGCCUGUCCCGAUAUGUAAGUACAGGAAUUUCAGAAAGCCCCUGCAUAAGUGUGGUGGGUAGUGAAGAGGGUGGAAAUGUGCUCUCCAAAAAAUACUUAGAGAACAUUUCCUACACCCAGAGGGCUUGGACUCCGGAGAAAAUGGCUUACACACCUGUGGUGGAGUCCUAUGCCACCGCUCUUUACCACAGUGAUAAACAGUGCUGAGUUUCCAAUAGAUCCACAGUGGGAGAAAGGCUAUUGAGUCUGGCAUGCAUUUCGCUCAGAUGGAGGGCUGCUGAAAACCCUGCACCUCUGCAGAGAGGUUGGUCUGGUUGAUAGACCUUUGUGUGCUGCCAGAUUGUGUACUCUGGGAUGCUGGCUCCUGGGCAUUUAUGCUGUGCUCAGAGGGCUAAUGGGAACACUCUAGAGAAAAUAGCUCUGCAGGGUCCAUGGAAUGGGAGAAGUUGGGCUUGGAGCAUCCCAGUACUCUGGCCAAAGAAAGUUGUUCACUAGCGCUGGGCGCUCUGCAAUAAAGUGAAUAU